AUGACCGCUAUGACCGGCCCUCACCUCUUAAAUCUCCCGCCCCCGCCUUCAGACACACCUUCCGAUUUUGGCCCAGGUACCCCAAAUUCAGGAAUCAGCCAACUGAGCACGGUUGCUAUCAAGGAGGGAGAGCGGGGCAAAAUACGAUCAUACGGGCAUGCGCACAACAUGUCCUCAGCCUCAGAUUCUUCCACCAACACCCUAGACGCGGAACGAGCAGAUAGAAUCUCCCGGCUCGCUGGUCUUGAGCGUGUUGCGACUUUACGGGGCGCUCAGCAGCACGUUGGGCAAGGAAACGGCCAGAAUCAGCAGCAACAGGGGUACUUCGACAAUGGAGGCCUGCUUUACAAAAGCACUGUCGGUAGUGCUUCGGCCACAGGCAGCAUUGGCGGAAGUGUGCCCGACUCGGCCGACAAAAUGAGUGAGGAUGCUGAAGACGGUAUCAGUAGCACGGGGCUAAGCGACGACGGCAACGCGAGCCUGGUUGGCUUUGGAGAGGCAGCUAGCAGCAGCCUCAGCGGACCGACUUCGACCUUGGCUCGGCCGUCCGGUUUCGGUAACGCCAUGGCGGCGAGGCACACAAAACAGCGAUCGGAGCGUUCAGGAAGUCCCAUGGAAGGAGUCGAGGAUUCUAGUAUGAACGGAGGAGACUGGGCUAGCACAAGCGCUACGGAGUCAAAACCCAGGAGCAGACUGGACAGUGCAAGAUCCGCAGGUACGGGUGGCCAGGAGCAAGCAGAGAGGAUUAUCGGCGAAACUAUGCAUGACAUGAAUGGGAAAGGGUUGGGUAGCCCAGUCGUGGGCAGAGCAUUAGGGAAAUUCUCUUUUGAAGGCAAGUAG